AUGACACUGUUGAAGGCACAAUUCGACGACCCAUCCUCACGAACGGCAAUUGAAGCACAGUUGAAACGCUGGUGUCAGAUUCUCGACUUCUCCGAACUCCGUGACGGGUGCAAUCAAUUCAUCGAUAGAUAUUUCAAUGCAUGGUUGAUCAAUAUGGGGAAGAAUUUGAAUCCACUGCUCUUCUGUCAACUGGAUGAAGAAAAUGUCGACUACUGCCAAUUCUGCACAACCACAUUGGAUGGAUUGAAGAAACUGUUAAAGACCCCAUCAUUUGAAACAUUCUGUGACAAAAUGAUUGACUCUGCAUGCAAACAUACCGGGGCGAUGUACAGCAUGUGCAAAGAAGCCGUAACGUACGGAAUCCAGACCGUGGUUGAAUUCGUGGAGAAAGAAGACCCGCAGGCUGCCUGUCACGUAAGUCUACUUCACACUCGAAAUCAAUCUCAGCAUUUAAUUGAGUGUGAUUUAUAA